AUGUAUCGGCAGAUAUUGAUUGCUUUGGGCCAUACUCAAUUCCAACGGAUUUUUUGGCGGAUGGAACCCAACCAACGACUACGAGUUCUGGAGCUGCUAACCAUAACGUACGGAACAGUUUCAGCGCCUUUCCUUGCCACCAGAUGCCUGGUUCAGUUGUGCAACGACGAAGGUAACCGAUUUCCUCUUGCGUCCAAGAUUCUCAUUGAAGACUGUUAUGUCGAUGACAUCCUCUCUGGAGCUGACAGUGUAGAAGAAGCUGUAGAAGCACAGCGCCAGCUGCAAGAAUUACUCCAACUUGGUGGGUUUCCUAUUCACAAGUGGAGCUCAAACUGUCCGGAAUUACUGAAUCAAAUCCCUGAGGAAAAUCGAGAGAAGUUAGUGCGCUUGGAUUAUACUACCACCAGCGAAGUAAUCAAGACCUUGGGGCUAACCUGGAACCCACAUUCUGAUGAAUUCAUGUUCGUAACGAAGAUUCCAGCCGAAGAGCCUGAAACAUACGCCAAGCGAAAGGUAUUUUCGGAGAUUGGGAGGCUAUUUGAUCCAUUGGGUUUAGUCUCUCCCGUCGUUGUAGUAGCAAAGAUCUAA